GAUCAAUUGAGGCUGAAGGUAUUAGUUCGUGUUAACGGUGUGCAAGGAUACAUAAGGCAUGAUUUUUAAGUAUUCCUCAUAACUUUAAGGGUUUCAGUAGUCAAUUCAGCUGAUCCUACAAUAAGUCAUUACAAUGCAGGUCGCAGAACUGCAGUCUUCGAAUUCUCCGUUCAGAACGCUGCUUGAUCGCAGCCCUAGCUCCAAAGAAGUCGACUUCAUGAAUUCACAAUCAACUCUGACGAGUUUGUCAUCGACAAACUCUCCGAGCCCUGCCGACAUCCAGAUGAAUUCCCUGGAUAGCGAAGAGAGUGACAAUUCAAAUCCAGAGUUGGAGAAUGCGUUAGAAUCUUAUAUAAGUGAAGAAAUUCAAUGCAAGAUUACCAAGAUACUUGAAGAAGUGCAGCAAUUGUCUGACACCGAAAAACUUUUACUAUAUUUACGCUUACCUGGAGAAACCUGCUCAGAACUAAAAGAUGAAUAUGAACAAAAUCAAGCACUACCCAUAUCAACAACGAGAGCUGAACAGACACAGGCUUUUCAUUGGAUUCGCUGUCAUCUUGAAGAGUGUGACAAUAAUUCUACUCUACCAAAACAUGAAGUGUAUGAUGAAUAUAAGGCAUAUUGUGAAAGUAUGAAUGCCGCCAGAACACUUAGUGCUCCCGACUUUGGAAAAAUCAUCAAAUGCGUUUUUCCUCGCGUAAAAGCCAGGAGACUAGGUACGAGAGGGAAUUCCAAGUACUGCUAUAGUGGAAUUCAGAGAAAGAAGAACGUAAAACCACCAACGCUACCGUCGCUUCAAAUACCAUCGCCAAGUGAUAAAGAGAAGAACAACACAAACCAAGGCAAUGGGAUGAAUGGUGGCGACAAAAUCGAAGAAGACCAGACUCUUUCAGCAGCUUGCCUUUUGGUAUGUGAAUGGGCGAACAAACUCCUUGGUCGAGUCUUUACGACGUUAAUAGAGCUGGCAAGAUUUCUCGUUGGUGGCAGUUACGUCUCAAGUAAAUCCAUGGCUGCUUUCGUUGUCAUGUCCAACACAGACAACGUGACCCACCCUCAACUCAACCACAUAGCUAAUUCACUAUUUUCACCUCAAAAGCACGAAAACCAGAUUAUACUCACGCCUAAAAGAAAACAAUUACAGCAACCAUUCACGAAGAAAGUCGUAAACCCACGACAGCAAAAGCAGCAGCAGCUGACCCAUACUAUUUUGACCGAUGGCUCAGGGAAUCAAAUUGUUCCUAAGACACCAAUAAAAAUUCAGCCUCAGCAGCAGCAGCAGAGCCCACUUCACAAGCAACAAGUUCAUUUGCAGUCUAAGCCACCAACCGGUUCAUCAGGCAGUAUGCAGUUUUACCAGCAAGCCUCGAGUAAUGCCCAUUUACAAGGAGGAACGACUGGGCCACAAUCGAGCUAUCAAAAGAUGCGGCCGCCAACUCCGUCUUUGAUGUCACCGAACGGCCCGAAUCAAGGUCUUCCACAGACAACGUCGCCUUUUCAGGCAUCGCCAAAGUUUAAUGCUCCAGGGACACCACAGAAUCGGCCCAUGACUCCUAGCUCUGGAGUCAACCAGUCAAGACAUUCUUCUAAUGCUAUUGAGCCUACGCGAUUUCUGUUCACCCCGAUACCAAACGAACAUAAAGCGCCCAAAGGAGACACGAGUCCCCCAACCUUAAGACCCACGGCAACACAUCCUCAAAAUCAAGACUGGCCGUCAGGAGGGACACAGCAAGUCCAGAUGAACCUCAAUGAGGUACCAAUGUCACCAAGUAAGCAACCUCGUUUGUCGCAGUGUGCACCAGCCACUCCAACAAGACGCCCAAGCUCGUUUCCAUACCCCCUUUCCUCACCAAGGACACCGCAGCGCGUGACGAGCCAGCAGUACGUCACAUCACCGCCUAUGAUGUCACCAAAUACCCCACGCUCCAUGAUGAAUGCCCAGUCACCGAGUAUCCAACAAAAGGGGCAGGAAUUAGUGAUGAUGCAAGGUCAGGAUGGAAUGGGAGGAAUGGUUCAGGAUCCCAUGAAUGGCAUGCGCAGAGGUAGUGACAGUAGUCCUACAGUUCAAUUAACAGAACAAAUGAUAAAGCAAGGAUGUGGUCCAGACCCUUCUCGUCCAUGCAGAUACAGCACCAGUUCAGACAAUAGCACUAUGCCUCCAACACCGCUAAGCCAACAACAAAGCUUUGAUUAUUCGUCGGAGCUUGAUUCAAUCUGCAAUACAACAGUCACCAAUGCAGGUCAAGUGCCACCACAGUUCCAACGUAGCCAAUCUGUCCCUCCCCUCCCGCAGCAUACUCUUUUGGACAAGCGGUUUCACCCUCUGACUCCGCAAACCGACAAUAGAGUACAGCAAAUGACCCCGUCUCCCAUGGAAACUACAAACUCUAACCAGCACCUAAAUGGCUUGAAAGAAUUGCGAAAUCGUGUUCUCCAUGGUGAUGUCAAUAACAAUGGCUCACGAACCAAUGAGAAUGCUGUGUUUGCCGCAAGACGAAACCUUACGUCGUUGCUGAACGCUGAUCAAGGCAUGAACACGAACGGUGGCCAUCAAAACCUAUGGAAUCCAGAAGCCUUUCAAACAGGUCAAACCGGUUCGUCAAGUAGUGAAGAGCAAGAAAUGGAGAUGUUAGAAUCCAAUUUAAACUUCUCGGAUCUAACAAGCGACGGCGAAACCAGUUUGCCCGAUUUGAAUUCGUUUGAUGACGCAACAGCGGAAGUUGUGCUAAGAAACAUUUGCAACAAUACAUCCGGGGUAUGGCCUACCACUGACGUAGGCUCCUGGAAUACCCAGCAGCCUUUGCAAAUAAUGGACUAAAGCACACACACAAAAAACGAAUGUAUUCUUACAGAACUAAUUAAGGUUGCCUUUUUUUAAAUUAAGUCAAAUUCUAGCUUUUCAAACUUGAAAAAGAAAAAAAGAUUAAUUGCAUGGGGCAUGCAGAAUAUUUGAUCCUUUUCUCAUUCUGCAUAAGAAAAAUUAACUUCAUUUGUCUAGUUAAACUAUCAUAGAAAAUAUAAGUCAAAUGUUCUUAAAUGUCCUAAGAUAUUUUUUCAGUAUAGGAAUAUUUUAUAGGUAUACUAACAAUUCUUGAUGAUGAAUUCUUAAGUUAAAUUACGUGUUUGUAUGGGGUAUUUUUAUACAGAUUUAAUACGUGCAUUUUUAGGUACAUGUUUUUUCAUUGAAAUUUAACGUUCGAAUUAAUCAUAUUUUUCACCCAUCUUUUUUUUAAUUCGGCGCAAUAAUAAGUGUGUUGCGCGCUCUUUCAGACUUUCUAAAUCACUUCUUUUUUAAGCCAAGUCUACAGCAACCAUCCAACGCAAACAUUUUUCUAUGCUUCUUGAGAUUUAUUAUAAAUGUUAUAUAUUAGGACUUACUAUAAUAAGUUCGUUAAUAAAAAUUAAUAUUAUAUGA